CUUCACCGUAUCGUACCCCUCUCUAUCUAUCUAUCUAUCUCUCUGUCGAUUUCUCUCUCUGCUGGAAACCCUAAAAAGAUAAGGUUGGAACCCCCUAUUUAUGGAGGAGGUGAGCUGCAGGAAGCGAGUUCGAGACGACUGGGACGAGUCUGAGCUAGACAGCCCCGAAGUGAAGCGACUCAGGGAUGAUCUCCUCGGCAAUCUCGACGACUCCGAUCUGUGUACCGCGAGUCCGGAUCUGGACUCCUUCAUGAAGACCUUCGCCGAUGAGAUCUCCGCCUCUCCGGCGCCGGCGGUGUCGGCCACUGGUUCCGGCGACUCUCAGCCGGAGCUCGGGUUCCUUCUGGAAGCCUCCGACGACGAGCUUGGCCUGCCGCCGUCUACCACAACUUCUUCAAGCGAGACCUGGAAUAAAGAGUUGAGCGAGUUGGAUCGCGUUUCGUCGGAUUCGUCGGUGGAACUCAGUGAACCGUGGAAGUUUUGUGAUGAGAUCCUGAGUUUUGAUGAGUUUGGAGUCGCCGGCGACGGAAAUGACCUUGGCGUAAAUAACCACGGGGAGUACGUGGCAUUAGACGGGCUGUUCGAUUACUCGGAUCUAGGUUUUGGAUCCCAUGACGCUUCGGUAACCUUAUAACGGCCGGACAAGACCGUUGCCGGGAGUAGUGCCGGCGGCGAGUUCUACUGAACUAUAAAUAUAUAUAUAUAUAAUAUAUAUAACAAAAAAACUUAGUGUAAAGUUCUUUUGAUAUUUUUUAGUUCAUUGAAAACAGAGGCUAAGGCACACAUAGGAAUGGCAGAUCAUCAGAGCCAAGUUAAUGGCAAAUCUGUUCUUUUUCCCCGAAACUGGAAGAAAGACGAACUUGUAACUGGAUGAUGUCGGGAGAAAAUCAGUAAGAAGUCACCUCGUAAUCGUCGCCUCAACAGUGAUGCAAAUUAUACAAAGGAUUUUUUUGGGUUUUUGGCUAACUUUUAGUUUGAAUCCCCUGAAUUUUAAAAUUUUAGUUAGUUACCGUUUCAAAUUAAAUGGUUUUUGGGGUUGGUUUUGCAGUUA